CCGUGUUGCUGCUCCUGCGUCAUUUCCUGGAGGCGGGGCGGACCGCAGGGAGAACCUGCCUCGGCGACCACAGCGGCUCUUUGAUGGCGGCUGUCGGGCGGCCGCGGCCCCGCCGGCUCCGGGUGCUGGGCGGGCUGCGCCGCGCCUAAGCAGGCGCCGCGUCUCUGCGCCAUGGGGAGGCGGAGCAGCGGCGGGCGGCUGCACUGAGGCGGCGGGACCGAGCGGCACUUUCGAGGGGAAACCCCACUCCGGGACCUGCAAGGCCGGGGGGAUGUUACGGUGGAUCCGCCAGCAGCUGGGUUUUGACCCACCACAUCAAAGUGAUACACGAACUAUUUACAUAGCAAAUCGUUUCCCCCAGAAUGGCCAUUAUAUUCCUCAGAAAUUUGCAGAGAACAGAAUCAUUUCAUCUAAGUAUACAGUGUGGAAUUUUAUUCCGAAAAAUUUAUUUGAGCAGUUCAGAAGAGUAGCCAAUUUUUAUUUUCUUAUUAUAUUUUUGGUUCAGCUUAUGAUAGAUACACCGACCAGUCCUAUUACAAGCGGAUUGCCAUUGUUCUUUGUCAUAACUGUAACAGCCAUAAAACAGGGGUAUGAAGACUGGUUACGACAUAAAGCAGACAAUGAAGUAAAUGGAGCUCCAGUUUAUGUUGUUCGAAGUGGUGGCCUUGUAAAAACUAGAUCAAAAAACAUUAGGGUGGGUGAUAUUGUCAGAGUAGCCAAAGAUGAGACUUUCCCUGUUGAUCUUGUACUUCUGUCCUCCGAUAGAGUGGAUGGUUCGUGUCAUGUUACUACUGCUAGCUUGGAUGGAGAAACUAAUCUUAAGACUCAUGUUGCAGUCCCAGAAACAGCAGUAUUACAGUCAGUUGCCAACCUGGACACGCUCGUAGCUGUUAUAGAAUGUCAACAGCCAGAAGCAGACCUAUACAGAUUUGUUGGAAGAAUAACUAUAAGUCAUCAAAUUGAGGAAAUUGUGCGACCUCUUGGGCCUGAAAGUCUGUUACUUCGAGGAGCAAGAUUAAAAAACACAAAAGAAAUUUUUGGUGUUGCUGUGUAUACGGGUAUGGAGACAAAGAUGGCAUUAAAUUACAAGAGUAAAUCUCAGAAACGAUCAGCAGUAGAAAAGUCUAUGAACUCAUUUUUGAUUAUCUAUCUAAUAAUCCUCCUUUUUGAAGCAGUCCUGAGUACAAUCUUAAAAUAUGCAUGGCAAGCUGAAGAAAAAUGGGAUGAACCUUGGUAUGAUCAGAAAACUGAACAUGAAAGAAACAGCAGUAAGAUUCUGAGAUUUAUUUCAGAUUUUCUUGCUUUUCUGGUACUUUACAAUUUUAUCAUCCCUAUUUCGCUUUAUGUGACUGUUGAGAUGCAGAAAUUUCUUGGAUCUUUUUUUAUUGGCUGGGAUCUUGACCUCUAUCAUGAAGAAACAAACCAGAGAGCACAAGUAAAUACUUCAGAUCUCAAUGAGGAGUUAGGACAGGUGGAGUAUGUGUUUACAGAUAAAACUGGUACACUAACUGAAAAUGAAAUGCAGUUUCGGGAAUGCUCUAUUAAUGGCAUCAAAUACCAAGAGAUCAAUGGCAAACUAGUUCCAGAGGGGUUGACUGAGGAUUCCCCAGAUGGAAUUAGACUGAGUCUUAUGAAAGAGGAAGAGCUUUUCUUGAAAGCAGUCUGUCUCUGUCACACAGUGCAUAUCAGUGCAGACCAAACCGAUGGCAUUGGUGAUGGGCACUGGCGUGCCAAUGGAAUAGUGUCUCAGCUGGAGUACUAUGCUUCCUCACCAGAUGAGAAGGCUUUAGUUGAAGCUGCUAGCAGAGUUGGUGUUGUAUUUACUGGAACUAAUGGGGAAGGUAUGGAAGUGAAAAGCCUUGGAAAACCAGAAAGGUUUAAAUUACUUCAUGUUUUGGAGUUUGAUCCAAAUCGUAGACGAAUGAGUGUCAUCGUAGAGAGUCCCUCUGGAGAAAAGCUCUUAUUCACAAAAGGAGCAGAAUCUUCCAUUCUUCCUCACAGUAGAGGGGGAGAAAUAGACAAAACAAGGAUUCACGUAGAUGAAUUUGCUUUGAAAGGGUUAAGAACUUUAUGUGUAGCCUAUAGAAGAUUCACAGCUGAGGAGUAUCAGGAAAUAGACAGACGCCUUCAUGAGGCUAGAACUGCCUUACAGCAACGAGAAGAACGACUGGCAGAUGUAUUCAACUUCAUAGAAAAGGAUCUGGAAUUACUUGGGGCUACAGGAGUAGAGGACAAACUCCAAGAUAAAGUCCAAGAAACUAUAGAGGCACUCAGAUUGGCUGGUAUCAAAGUGUGGGUACUUACUGGAGAUAAGCAUGAAACAGCUGUUAGUGUGAGUUUAUCUUGUGGACACUUCCAUAGGACCAUGAACAUCCUUGAACUUGUACAACACAAAUCAGACAGUACAUGUGCAGAGCAGCUGAGGCAGCUAGCCAGGAGAAUAAAGGAUGAUCAUGUAAUCCAGCAUGGGCUGGUUGUGGAUGGGACCAGCCUCUCUCUUGCACUCAGGGAACAUGAAAAACUGUUCAUGGAAGUUUGUAGAAAUUGUUCUGCAGUGCUGUGUUGUCGCAUGGCACCCCUGCAAAAAGCCAAGGUAGUACGACUGUUAAAAACAUCUCCAGAGAAACCUAUAACCUUAGCCAUUGGUGAUGGGGCUAAUGAUGUAAGCAUGAUACAAGAAGCGCAUGUUGGCAUAGGAAUCAUGGGGAAAGAAGGAAGGCAAGCUGUAAGAAACAGUGACUAUGCAAUAGCAAGGUUUAAAUUCCUCUCCAAGUUGCUUCUUGUUCAUGGCCACUUUUACUAUAUUAGGAUAGCAACCCUUGUACAGUACUUUUUUUAUAAGAAUGUAUGCUUUAUUACACCACAAUUUUUAUAUCAGUUUUUUUGUUUGUUUUCACAACAAACGCUCUAUGACAGUGUGUACCUGACUUUAUACAACAUUAGUUUCACUUCUUUGCCUAUUCUGAUGUACAGUCUUUUUGAACAGCAUGUUCACCCUCAUGUGUUACAGAGCAAGCCAACACUCUAUAGAGACAUUAGGAAAAAUGCACUCUUGGGCUUUAAACCGUUUCUUUACUGGACCAUUUUGGGGUUCUCCCAUGCAUUUGUUUUCUUCUACGGCUCAUAUCUUCUGAUGGGAGAAGACACUUCUCUGCUGGGAAAUGGCCAGAUAUUGAAACCUAACAGGCAAAUGAUGUUUGGAAACUGGACUUUCGGUACUUUGGUCUUUACUGUUAUGGUUAUAACUGUUACAGUGAAGAUGGCUUUAGAGACCCAUUUCUGGACUUGGAUAAAUCAUUUUGUUACGUGGGGCUCCAUUGUAUUUUAUUUUCUAUUUUCCUUGUUUUAUGGGGGAAUUAUCUGGCCAUUUUUGCAUACGCAGGACAUGUACUUUGUAUUUGUUCAGUUGCUGUCAAGUGGUUCCGUUUGGUUUGCCAUAAUCAUCAUAGUUGUCACUUGUUUGUUUCUUGAUGUUGUGAAGAAAGUGCUGUGCAGACAUCUACAACCAACAAGUACUGAAAAAGCUCAGAUGUACUCCAACAGAGUUGCUUUAAGUGAUGAGUUCAUUGCACUGCAGCCAUUAUCCAGGGCAAGGAAUCAGCUGAGCAGAAUUAGCUUACUGAGACAGGUUCAGGUAUCAACUGCUUGGACUCCAUGUGCUGCUUCUCAGAUGGGGAAACAGCAUGUGCAUCUGUUAGAAGAAUGUUGGAACGACUAAUGGGAAGAUGUAGUCCAACCCGGGUCAGCAGGUGUGGAAUUUCUCUCAAUAGCCUUUGCUGCAGACGAUUCUCCUAUAAACUGGAACCUGAUGAGCCUGCAGCUAUUGAUGUCUAGCAAACCAGUUGCAGGUUUUGCGUAAUUAAACAGGAAAUGUUAUUCUUUAUAGGCUUUUUUGAUCCUAAAAGAUCCAUUUCUUGCUUACUGGGAGUGCUUUCGUUAGAAAAAGGAAGAAAACGGUUUUUCAAGAAACAGAACUCUCUUCAAACUUUUUGUUUGGUCUUUCUAGUAUGAGAUCUUGUGUUGUGUAUAUAUGGUAUUUUCUCUGGGUUUGUACAUCCUUCUGUUUAGAAGAACAAACCUCACUGUGCUGAUUGUUUUCCUGAUCCAGCUUUUUGCCUUCACAAAUCAAGUGUUAUUUGUAAAGUCAAAAGGCUUUUCCUUUGAUACUUAAUGUAUGUCCUCCAAAUAGUCCUAGAUUAGCUUGAGUUACUUCUAAAGAUAUACAAAAUGGUCGUAUUUCCCCCAGACAAUAACUCCAUCAUUAAAAGGAAAGUCUUUAGACUUUUCAUCCAUUGGUGGUUACUAAAAUUAAAUAUUUUUUUGUAAUAUAACUUUUAUACUCUAUUUCUAGAAACCAGCUAAUUUACAAAACAAAGCCUUCAAGUUGACUUCGUUUUAAGGAUUUUUCUGUUUGUAUCAAAAAUGUCAGCAAAAUCAUGGGUGCCAUUUAAAAAUAUGUGCUAAACAUCAUCUUGAAUUACAUACACUAAAACACACAUUGGUGGAAGAAAAACAUAAGAAUUAUCAGAAAUAUUUGUAACAAGUAAUGCUGACAUCUUGCAACAAACAUAGCCGUGAAAGAAAUUUAGAAAGUGAUUUUGAGAUCUACUGAAGUGAACACUUUCACAUCUCCCCAUUUCAAAAAAACUCAGAGAACUAGGUAACAAAUAUGGAGGUAUUUGGGGGUAAAAAUAAAAAACCUUUUGUACAUCAUAGUCUGUCUUUUGCUGAAUGAUAUCAUAGUCCUCCAUUAUUCAAAAGCCAAACCUGGAAAAAAAUUGCACUUCUCACAUUUACAUGGGGUUUCCUUUAAUAUGUGAACAGCUGUCUCUUUUCAAGUUAAAGGAUGUGAUAUCAUUCAUACAAAAUAAAAUCUUCUAUGGGGAAUUUAUACUGACAUGCAUUGUCAGUUAUGAUUUUACCUUUAGGUGUUGACUUGGUAUGUGGUACAUUUUCAGUUUUAAAAUUCUUGUGUUAACAGUGUCUGUGAUUCUAAUCAUCUUCUUUAUUCUGGCUUGCUUAUGAAAUUUUGUUCGUUAUUUCCAUAAAUCUAGGGUAUAAUUAUGCAAAAAUAUCUUGUGUAUAAGAAGGAACUGUUUAUGAUCAAGUAAAUUUUUUUAAAUCAAAACUCUUGCUGUAUAGUAAGCAGGCAUGAUGUGUAAAAUAAACAGUUGAAUAGAAUUUUUAAACUACAAGAUGAGCAUUUAAUUGGUCUAAAAUCAACAUUUCUGUAGUGGUUCCUUUAGGUAUAUUUUCACUUACUGUUAUCUUCUGUAACAAAUGAAAACUAUGUGUUGCAAAUUAGAAACUUUUAUUUUCCGUGCUGCUUUCUUUGUUCUGAUGUCACCUAAUAAGUGAUACGGUUUUUGGCCAAAAAUUUGUUUAUUGUGCAGGAUCUCAUAAAGGUAGGUAUAAUUAUUUUUUCAUUCUGCUAGGCAUCUAGAUUUUUUUUACAAUUUCCUCCCUCCUCCUUCAGUGAGAUCUAUUAAUAAUAAAAAUAAAAUAUCAUAUUUGACAGAAUAUAAAGCACUUUUUCAAUAUUGUGCUAUUUCUCAGGUUACUUGUCUGUUAACGCUUGUCAUCUUUUUUUUCCUAACGACUGUACCGUCUGACUGAAUAAUUUUAGGGCCUGAAAGAGAGUUGUUAAAGCAUUAGAAUGAACAUGGCUUCAAACAAAUGACUAUGCAAAACAAUCUAGGUGCUAGUCAAAGGGCUUUAGGAGUUCCAUGGUUGCUGCUGCAGCUCCAGGGUUUAUAUUGAAGUGGCUCACUUCACAGCCCUUUCAGUUUCACCUUAUGACAGUAACUGAAAAAGAAUCUGCUUGCUUUAUUUAUUACCUGUUUGUCUUCUGAGUGACUCCAGCUCCUUCCCUUCAGCAUUUCUAUUUAAAAUCUAGUCUAAAAGUGGUUGGAGGAUGUAUUUACGUUCUUCCCCUCACUUCCCUUGCAGUACGUGAAAGUUGCUGAAUACUUUUGUUGAACAUACUAAUUAUGUAAGUCACAUAAAACAGUUCUACCAGCUGUGAAAUACUGAAGGUACAGUUAAGUACUUUUAAUCCCAAAAUAUAUUUACUGCUCAGUAUUAAGCUUAGAUGAGGCUUGGGUACAAAUGCAAUUUAGAUUUUACUAAAUAGCUAUUGUCUUUUAGAAGAUGCAUGCAAUCUCGAAUGUAAUAACUAUUGUAUAAUGUUACUGGUGGUGUGAACCAACUGUUCUAUUCCAUCCCAGAGGUAGCUGAAUAUCAUUGAUGAAUUAAGUGAUACCUGUAUAUAUGUAGCUUGUAAAAGUGCUUUGUAGUGCUUUGUAAUGAAAAGCACUUUUCCAAUUCUGUUGAUAUAGAUAGCUUGUGUUUAUAUACAAUAUGUGCACCUAAUAUUCUGUCAAAUAUGAUAAUGGGAUAUGAAAUUAGACAUGCUAUCAAAUUUUGGAUGGGAGCCAUUUCUUUUGAUCUCAAGGUGUACAAAUGCUUGGAGUAGAGGGCAACUGGCAUAAAGUACUGCAGUUUUAUUGUUUUUUUAAAAUAUAAUCAAAAUACAUUUUUCAUUGUUUCAUUCAUUUAAAAUAAAAUUGAAAGAUUGCAUGUUUCUUGCAAAUCAGUAAAAUGCAUUUCUGUCUGUCUCUCUUCCAUUAAACUGUCUGUCUACUCAUCAGCCAAUAGAAUAUUAAAAAUUCUGGAUAUCACAUAAGUUCUUAUGGUAGAACCCAUUACUGAAUGAUCUGGACCUGUCAUUAGCCAAUACACUUGUCAAGGUACAUGUGUGUACUAUUUUGGAGAAACAGCAGAUUUCUGACAGAGGUGGGCUUUGGAGCAUAAAUUGUUUCCACUUUAUGGCCCUCUUCCUUCUUACCCUUUAUUUUCAACUUUUAAUCUAAUAUGUUGACUUUAACAAUCCUGCCAAAGCAGUGGCCUAUAUAUAGGAUUUAUUCAUCUAGGGAAAUAACUUACUCUUAGGUGAAAAACAUUGGUAGAUCAAAAGGCAAUGAUAGUUUGGAUAUUUUUUUCACUUAUCAUACAUUUUAGUUUAAAUCUAGUACAGCCAAUGGUAAAAUAUAUCUUAAUGGCUAUAGUUAAACUAUUAGAUGAAGUUUGUUCCAAGUUAAGUUGCUCACAGCAUCAGUAUUAAAAUAUUUAAAUAAAACACCAAUAUAUUAGCAUACUGCAAUUAGCUAUUUGUGUACUGAGAGGAUUUGUUAGAAUGAUCUUACUAUGCCAAAAAUAAAAUGUAGUAUUCACUCUGCCUGAUUUACAUAUAUAAUAUUGAAGUUACCUCAAAAAGCCUAGAAGCCCCAUAUAAUUUAAAUUUAUAGCAGAUUAAAUAUCUUUUUAGUCAUGGUAUAGUGAAUUUUUAAAAUAAAUAGUCUGUUCAGAAAAUUCAAGAAAUAGUUGCUACAGCAUAUUUUUGAGGGUUUGAAUGAAUUGCGGGUGUCAGGAUGGAAUUAACGGACUACAGUUUUAAAGAAAGGAAUAAUUUGCUUUAUGCUCUUAGACCUUUUCUCCUCUCACCUAAAAUUAUAGGUUCCUAGUCAGCCAAACUUUUCUUUUAUUGUUACUGUAGAUCAUGGAGCUCAUCGGAUCCCUACUAUACCAACGACAGAAGCAUCUUGACUCUCUCCACAAUGGACUCACCCACUUGUUAACAAGAACAUUUGUUAGUGCCUGGUGGAAGCCAUAUGGUGCUUACAUAUUUAUAAUAGGUUAUGCAUGAGUUCAGUGCUGCCUCUGUCCUAGAAAAUGUGCUAGCACAACAAAAACAUCUAAAUACAAACCUCGUGGUCUGUCUUGUAGCAUAGCAAAACAUACAUGUGAAGGAUAAUCUCUUCCACUACAUUUUUCUAAUCUUAUAACCAAAUAUUUGUAUGCUUUUUCUCUGCCCAUUUCCUCUUCGUGCUAACAGGUUGGAAUCCUGUGUUUGACAUUUUAUUUGAAAUCUCAAGGUGAGGCAAUGACCAAAUGUUUCUGUUCCCAAGUAAUUGAUUUGAAGGUAUGAGCUUAUUUUGAAGUCUGAUUUUGUAAAUUAAGCUGAUUUCCCCCCCCCCGCCGCCCUUGGGGGGAAGAAAAUUUUUUUAUUCUAAAUUUGUAUUGAAGCUUCUUGUUAUGCUAACUUCUUAGUUUACAAAUAAACAAAACUCUUGUUUUUUCCCUGGGCAAGUCAAUUAAUUAAUAUAUCACUUUAAAAAAACCUGAGCUGGUGGAUUAGCUGUUAAGAGAUGGAAAUACCAUCCGCAUAUCUGUACUGGUGUACAAAUGGCAAUAUACUAGUAAAAUAUGACAUAGCCCUUUUCAAAGUGGUGACAAAAGCAUAGCAUUGUGCACCCUUCAGGUAUAAUAAGAAUCUCAUGUUCUUUACAGGUAAUAUUUAAGAGCCAGUCAUUCUCGUCCAUAACCAUUACAUCCUACAUGUUUUAAUAACUAUUAUUGAUCCUGACAUGGAAAAAUAGGUGGAAAACAUGUUGAAUGGAUUGUACAGUUGUCUCAUUAGCAUAUGUAUUGAAAAUUUUAAGGGUUUAAUCCUUUUAACAUUGUUGCGGGGUUGCAUGUUUUAUUUUUAAUAUAUUUAUAUUUGUUCAUACUGUACUUUGAAGAUUUAAUUAAGCAUUAUCUUCAUAUAUCUGAAGGAUCUGACACAUUGAUGGCAAUGGUUUGAUAUACAAUUAUCUCAAUAAAAACAAAGUGCACAGAUGCUA